AUGAAAAAAAGGCAAAAGCUGAAAGUGUCAUGUCCCUUGCCUAAAUACGAAAUGAAAUUUCGUGAAAAGGGCAUAUUUCUCAUUGAAAGGAAAAUGGGGUCCUCCAGAAGACAGUUUCUCACCAAUUUAGCAAGAAAGAAAGGCUUCAGAGUAGAAGACAUGAUCAGUGAUGCUGUCACCCAUAUUGUGGCAGAGGAGAAUUCCCCUGAUGAACUCUGGAAGUGGCUUCACAAUAAGAACCUGGGAGACCUUCCUGGUGUUGAAGUUUUGGACAUAACCUGGUUUACUGAGAGCAUGGAGGCAGGGAAACCUGUAACUGUAGAAGACAGACAUCGCAUUGGGGUAAGUGCCAAUCCUGUUCAUGUGAAGUCAAAGCCGGUGGCAGUUAAAAAAGUUUCUCAAUAUGCAUGUCAGAGAAGGACAACAUUGAAGAACUACAACAACAUAUUUACGGAUGCAUUUGAGAUUCUGUCUCAAAAUUAUGAGUUCAUUGAGAGUGAAGGACCUUGUCUGGCCUUUAUGAGGGCAACCUCAGUGCUGAAAUCCCUUCCUCACGCUAUCCACAGCUUGCAAGACCUAGAAGGCCUACCCUGUCUGGGAGACCAAACAAAAGCUGUCAUUGAGGAUAUUCUUGAAUGUGGACAUUCUUCUAAAGUUCAGCAUGUCUUAAGUGAUGACAGAUAUAAAGCAUUCAAGUUGUUUACAAGUGUCUUUGGGGUGGGACUGAAGACUGCUGAGAAAUGGUACAGGAGAGGAUUCCGGUCUCUUGAAGAAGUAAAAGCAGACAGCAGUAUUCAUUUCACAAAGAUGCAGAAAGCAGGUUUCCUCUAUUACGAUGAUAUUUCAAGGGCAGUCAGCCGGGAUGAGGCCAGUGCGAUUGGUCAGAUUGUGGAGGACACGGUUCAUCUGCUUGUGCCUGAUGCAUUGGUUGUUGUGACUGGUGGUUUCAGAAGAGGAAAGGAGUUUGGCCAUGAUGUGGAUUUUUUGAUUACCACUCCAGAGACAGAGAAGGGAGAAGGGAUCUUACACAAUGUGAUAAAUGAACUCAAGCAUCAAGGCAUUCUGCUGUACUAUGAUAUCGUCGACGCGACGUUUGACAAGACCAAGCUGCCCAGCAAGAGGUUUGAGGCAAUGGAUCACUUUGAAAAGUGCUUCGCGAUUAUAAAAUUAAACAAGAAGCUUGUGAAGUGCGAUGGGCAGGAGGAAUUUGCUGGUGGCAAAGACUGGAAGGCUAUCCGUGUGGAUCUGGUUGUCCCUCCUGUGGACAAUUUUGCCUUUGCAUUGUUGGGCUGGAGUGGUUCAAGGCAAUUUGAACGAGACUUGAGACGAUAUGCCCAUUAUGAGAAGAAGAUGAUCCUGGAUAACCAUGGCCUUUAUGACAAGACUAAGAAAACAUUUCUAUCGGCUAAGACUGAGAAAGACAUCUUUGCUCAUUUGGGGCUGGACUUCAUCGAACCAUGGGAAAGAAAUGCAUGAGAGACAUUAGUAUGUUAUCAAUAAUGCAUUCAUCUAAAGUCUAG